AUGACUAAACCCUCAACUGCUGACUCGGUGGGUGACAGUCCCGGCGACCGGUGCUGCUUGGAGGAGCGAAUCUCGAUCAUCUCCCGUCGGGAUCGGUCGAGAUGCCCUUUUGCUAGACACGCCAAUCCGUUCAACGUGGAGUCCUGCGGAGAGGCGGUUGGUGUCAUUCCGAAAAUGAGCACCUUCGAGGCCGGAGGAACUGGUUGA